AUGGCUUUCUUCCCCCAAUUGAUCUCUCUGUGUGCCGCGGUCCUCUGCCUCAACCUCAGUAUCGCGGGCGCCCAAGCAUCCAGCUCGUCUGGUGGCGAGACCAUCCUGCAUGGCGAAAUCGGCCGACUCAACAACCAGAGCCUUCUUUGGGGUCCCUAUCGACCCAAUCUUUACUUUGGCGUCCGUCCCAGACUGCCCCAGGCCUUGAUGACGGGCCUCAUGUGGGCAAAAGUUGACAGCUACACCGAAGUACAGAAUGCCGUUCGCUACACUUGUGAGCAGAAUGAGGGCAUGGCUGGCUAUGGCUGGGAAGAGUUUGACACCAGGAACGGAGGCGUUCAAUCUAUUCACGAUGCCGAGAACAACAUCGACAUCACGACCUCUUUCGUCAAGGUCCCCGGUGGUUCGCACGGUGGCAGCUGGGCUGCUAGGAUCAAGGGCGUCCCACGCAGCGAUGCUCCUGCGGAUCUGAAGACCACGGUUCUGCUCUACGUCACACAAGAGGGUCUUGGAAGCGUACUGGAGGCCAGCCCUUCUUCUGAGAAGCAAGGAUACGAUGGCGACGUCACAAUAUCGGGCAACUCUCACGCCCUUGGCGACUACAAAUUGGUCAUCACUCGGGGUCAAGGGGAGCACCCUUCCAGCGAUCACGAAUUCUCUGAGCACAGGCAUCUGGACAAGACUACGGUCCAGUCCUUCACCUUACCGGACGAACACCUCUGGCAAGCCAAGCCCAUCGUGUUUAGGCAACUCAAAGAAACCGUGGAUUAUGUCAUGGAGAACUACGACCCGAAUCAGCCACCGCCGCCAUGGCAGGUGUACCAGCUUGAAAACAAGCCCGGCGCCGGCAACGUGCAGAUCAUCCAAAAGGUUUUUGAAGGACCCUUCGAGUUUGACAUUUUAUUCUCUAGUGCAUCAGCAGGAAAGGACCUCGAGAGCUCAGAUCUCACCCGUGAGAUCAAGACUGUAUCCGAGGCAUUUGGAGAGAGAUUCUCGGACGUGUUCAACUUGAAGGCGCCCUUCACCGCGGAGAAAUACAAGAAGUUCGCAAGGAGCAUGUUCUCCAAUUUGAUUGGGGGCAUUGGCUAUUUCUACGGCCAAUCCGUUGUCGAUCGAUCCUAUGCACCAGAAUACGACGAAGAAAACGAGGGUUUCUGGGAGGAAACGGCUGAGGCGCGAGCUAAGAGGCGAGAGCAGCUCGAAGGCCCGUAUGAACUGUUUUCGAGCGUGCCAUCCAGGCCUUUCUUUCCCCGAGGGUUCCUCUGGGACGAAGGCUUUCAUCUUCUCCCAAUCUCCGACUGGGACAUGGACCUUACUCUCGAGAUUGUCAAGAGCUGGUUCAACCUCAUGGACGACGACGGAUGGAUCGCGAGGGAGCAGAUCCUCGGAGCCGAGGCCAGGAGCAAAGUGCCGGAGGAGUUCCAGGUUCAGUAUCCCCAUUAUGCGAACCCGCCGACCCUCUUCUUCGUUGUCGACGCUUUUCUCGCCAAGCUCCAGCAGAUGAAUGGAAGCAUGCCCGCCGCCAAGGAGCACCUAUCGCAGGGCGUCUCGCUCUCCUCUGCCCACAUUGACAAUCCCAAUGUCGGCCUCGAGUACCUCCGAAAUCUCUACCCACUCCUUCGUCGCCAGUAUAACUGGUUCAGAAAGACGCAGUAUGGCGAUAUCAAGUCGUACGACCGCGAAGCCUUCUCAACAAAAGAAGCGUACCGUUGGCGUGGACGCACUAUCCAGCAUGUCCUGACAAGUGGACUCGACGACUAUCCUCGGCCGCAGCCUCCACACCCGGGUGAGCUGCACGUUGAUCUUAUGUCAUGGAUGGGCAUGAUGACCAAGUCCCUCAUCAAUGUUGCAUCUGGACUUGGGAUGCCUGAAGAGGUUGACGAGCUGACCAAGAACCUGCGCGCUAUUGAGAGAAACCUGGACGAUCUGCACUGGUCCGAGAAGGAAAAUUGCUACUGUGAUGCCACAAUUGACGAAUUUGAAGAGCACAGCCUGGUCUGCCAUAAAGGCUAUGUCUCCCUCUUCCCCUUCCUCGUUGGGCUGGUGCCGGCGGACAGCCCGAAAUUAGGCAAGAUCCUGGAUCUCAUCGGCGACGAAGAAGAGCUUUUCAGUCCCCACGGUCUCCGGAGCCUUAGCAAAAAGGAUGCGCUGUACGGCACGGAUGAGAACUACUGGAGGAGCCCAGUGUGGAUAAACAUCAAUUACCUUGCCAUCGUGCAGCUCCAUAAUGUCGCCACGCAGGAUGGUCCGCACAAAGCGCGGGCCAAGCAGUUGUACUCGCGACUCCGCAAGAACAUUGUGGACACGGUCUACCAGAGCUGGGAGGAGACUGGCUUUGCCUGGGAGCAAUACAACCCAGAGUCUGGCAAGGGCCAACGGACGCAGCACUUCACCGGCUGGACGAGCCUGGUAGUCAAGAUUAUGACUAUGGGAGACUUGCAUAACGAGCAUGUCAGGGACGAACUCUAG